AUGGCAGAUUACGUAGCAGACGUUUUAGCAAGGGCUGCCCGGAGGGCUCAAGAGGCAGCCCUUCGGGACGCAUGUGAGUCAAGUGAUGAUGGUGACCAAACUACUGAGAGGACUCAAAUGCCAAAGGGCAAAGGAAGUCUGAAGAGGAAAGAACUUCAGCACAUGGACUCGCACGAUGCAGAUUCGCUAGCAUCGACUGUGCCAGCGACACCUUCAGAAGUGGAGAAAGCGAUCAAGGAAGGGCAGCAAGCAUUGGCAGCAAUGCAGCCCAAAGUCAACCCGCCGCCACCUUCCAAGUCGGCCAAACCCAGGCUAACCAGAGAGAUACAGAGCAAAGAGGUUCUGGAGGAUGCCAAGCCCCAGCCCGAGUCAACACCGCCACCAAGAACAGCUGUCAAGGCAAAGGCUGCAAAGCCUGCAAAGCCACCUUCAGUGGAAGCGAAGCUUGAGAGAACCUUGACACCUGACACUUCCAAGGCUGUACAGGAGUGCCUGACUAGGGCUUCAACUGCAGAGCUCUUGUCCAGCAAGGGGACCCCAAGCACUGAGACCCCAAAGACAACCCCGAGUCCUUCAACUCGCAGCAGUUCCAAGAGCGUUCAGCCUGCUCCCUCUCCGCCUGAUCCCUCUCCACCGCCCAGUGAUGAUGAUGAUGAUGAGAGUGAUGAUGAUGAGGAGACGCGGCGUCAGAGGGAGGAGGAAGCUAGAAGGAUUCAAGCGAAGAAGGCGGCACACGCGCGAUAUAUGCGCUUCAGCCGGUCGCUGAAAAGCAAGUCCACUCCGAUUGAGGUGCGCCGCGCAGGCCAAAGUGCCUACAGGAGUUCGGAUAAGCUGCAAGUGCUUCUUGAGCAGUGGGCCGCAUGUGAGGGGCAUUGGGCUUAUUCCGAUUUCAUGAUCGAAUGCAAGAAGAAAUCCAAACACCGGUCGUAUGGAAGUAGAGUGUGGAUGACAAAGUCCGAGAUGACAGCCAAGUUUGGAAGUCUUACGGUGGCAGAAACAAUAAUUGAGAGCAAGGAGAACGAUACAGAUGCAAGUGUGCAUCAGAUUCGCCCGCAUCCCGAUUGUCACGGGAGAGAUACACCAGAGACCCGCCAAUACCUUAUCUGGGAUAAGGAGGGCACCGAAGACAGCGAGGAUGUGACUUGCGCUGAACUUUUCCGCGCAGCAGAACAGGAUGGCAGUGACAAGGGGGCUUCCACCAAAGAAAAGAAGGCAAGGAAGCACCAGAAGAAGAAGGCAAGCGGAAAGAAAGACCACGGACAAAAGAAGAAAAAAAAGUCUUCGAGCUCCUCCGAUUCUGAAUCGGAUUCGGGGUCUGACUCAGAUUCUUCAGGAAGCUCUUCCAGUUCCAGCUCAGAGGACAAAAAAGGAGGGAAGAAAAAGAAAGGUUCAAAGGCAACUGCAAAGGAGAAGAAGCAGAAGGCAAAGGAUGAUGACACCAGGGAAAGGAAGAAAACACGAAAAGAAGACAAGGAAAAAGAGCCAAAAGAGGAGACCGAAGAUCAAAAACAGAAGCGUGAGGAGAAGGAAGCUGAAACGCAAAGGAAAGCCGAAGAGAAGAAGAAGAACACUGAGUUCAAGAAGGAGCAGCGAAAGGGAAAUCAGGCAGUGACCAAGCUUGGCAACCACAUCUCCACUGCGGCCAGCCUGGGUGACAAGCUCAGCACGAUGAGCCAAUCAGUGGCAGAUGCGAUCCUGCUGGAGGUUCAGCCCCACUUGGACAAGCUUCGUGAUAUCAGAUCCAAAUUGCAGAAAGCGGUGGAUGCGGCCAAGGCGGACAAUUUGGGAAAGAUGCCCACCCUGAUCGACGCUGCCAACUCGGCAUGCUCAGAGUUCCAAGCGUUUCUUUCAGCCUACAAGAUUAAGUAG